GGCGUUGUCCGCGAUCUUUUUCCUUAAUUUGUGGCGUUACCGUUCGUGUCUGCAAAUUAGUUCCUGUACCGACGACUGUAACUUUUUGUUCUCUACAAGAAUAUCAUCUUCAAUUUGCCCUAGCUUAGUGUUGACUAUAGUGUUGUUAAUUGCCAUGAGAAACAGGAUCAAAUUGGUCAUUGCGCUCUUCAAAGAAGCAGGAAAGGCUAUUGCAGCAAUGCCCAUGAUCCUCUUGCAACCAGUCUGGACAUGCGUGUGGCUAGUGCUCGUGUGCCUGCUCGGCGUCAUCGGUGUACUGCUCAUCGAGUCUUCAGGCGACCCCAAGCUCUACCAAGGAACGGUCCUCUUUGUGAAGAGCAGUCUCAUUGCUAAUUUGCGGUGGUACCACCUGUUUGCCUUAUUAUGGAUCACACAGUUCCUUGUUGCAUGUCAGCAUGUUACAAUUGCUGGAUCAAUUUCCCAAUGGUACUUCACAAGGAACAAAAAUAAGCUGGGAUGGCCGAUUCUGACUUCCAUGAAAAGGAUGUACCGCUACCAUCUGGGCUCCAUCGCCCUCGGCUCUCUCAUCAUCGCGCUGGUUAAGUUGGUCAGGAUUGUCUUGAAGUACAUGGAGAAGCGGUUGGGUGGACAGAGCCAGGCUUGUUCUUGGGCACUCAAAUGCUGCCAGUGCUGUCUCUGGUGCUUCGAAAAAUUCCUCAAAUUCCUAAGCAAGAACGCAUACAUCGAGAUAGCUAUCUACGGUUAUGGCUUUUGCAAAGCUGCACAGAAGGCCUUUUCGCUUCUUGUUAACAACGCUUUCAGGGUCGCUGCAAUCAACUACGUCGGCGCUUUUGUCCUGUUCCUCUCCAAAGCCACGAUCGUCAUUUCCUCUGUAUUUAUAGGCAUCGAAAUCAUGAAGGUAAGAGGAAAACAAUAA